GCGCCCCGGCGUGCGCGCGCGCGCGGCGGCCCCAGGUACGCGGACAAGAUGGCGGCGGCAGCGGUCGACAGCGCGAUGGAGGUGGUGCCGGCGCUGGCGGAGGAGGCCGCGCCGGAGGCGGCGGGCCUGAGCUGCCUGGUGAACCUGCCGGGCGAGGUGCUGGAGUACAUCCUGUGCAGCGGCGCGCUGACGGCCGCCGACAUCGGCCGCGUGUCCAGCACCUGCCGGCGGCUGCGCGAGCUGUGCCAGAGUAGCGGGAAGGUGUGGAAGGAGCAGUUCCGGGUGAGGUGGCCUUCCCUUAUGAAACACUACAGCCCCACCGACUACGUCAAUUGGUUGGAGGAGUAUAAAGUUCGGCAAAAAGCUGGCUUAGAAGCCCGGAAGAUUGUAGCCUCCUUCUCAAAGAGGUUCUUUUCAGAGCACGUCCCUUGUAAUGGUUUUAGUGACAUUGAGAAUCUUGAGGGACCAGAGAUAUUUUUUGAGGAUGAACUGGUGUGUAUCUUAAAUAUGGAAGGAAGAAAAGCUUUGACCUGGAAAUACUACGCAAAAAAAAUUCUUUACUACUUACGACAACAGAAAAUUUUAAAUAAUCUUAAGGCUUUUCUUCAGCAGCCUGAUGACUAUGAAUCGUAUCUUGAAGGUGCCAUUUAUAUUGACCAGUACUGCAAUCCUCUCUCCGACAUCAGCCUCAAAGACAUCCAGGCCCAGAUUGACAGCAUCGUAGAGCUAGUUUGCAAAACUCUCCGGGGCAUCAACAGUCGACACCCCAGCUUGGCCUUCAAGGCAGGCGAAUCCUCCAUGAUAAUGGAAAUAGAGCUCCAGAGCCAGGUGCUGGAUGCCAUGAACUAUGUUCUUUAUGACCAACUGAAGUUCAAGGGGAACCGAAUGGAUUACUAUAAUGCCCUGAACUUAUAUAUGCACCAGGUUUUGAUCCGUAGAACGGGAAUCCCAAUCAGCAUGUCCCUGCUCUACUUGACAAUUGCCCGGCAGUUGGGGGUCCCACUGGAGCCUGUCAACUUCCCAAGCCACUUCUUAUUAAGAUGGUGCCAGGGUGCAGAAGGGGCGACCCUGGACAUCUUCGACUACAUCUACAUAGAUGCUUUCGGAAAAGGCAAGCAGCUCACAGUGAAAGAAUGUGAAUACUUGAUCGGCCAGCACGUGACCGCAGCGCUCUACGGGGUGGUCAAUGUAAAGAAGGUGUUGCAGCGAAUGGUGGGGAACCUUUUAAGCCUGGGGAAGCGGGAAGGCAUCGACCAGUCGUACCAGCUCCUCAGAGACUCGUUGGAUCUGUAUCUGGCGAUGUACCCGGACCAGGUGCAGCUCCUCCUCCUUCAAGCCCGGCUGUACUUCCACCUGGGAAUCUGGCCAGAGAAGUCUUUCUGUCUUGUCUUGAAGGUGCUUGACAUCCUCCAGCACAUCCAAACCCUAGACCCCGGGCAGCACGGGGCGGUGGGCUAUCUGGUGCAGCACACGUUAGAGCACAUUGAGCGCAAGAAGGAGGAGGUGGGCGUGGAGGUGAAGCUCCGCUCCCAUGAGAAGCACAGGGACGUCUGCUACUCCAUCGGGCUCAUUAUGAAGCAUAAGAGGUAUGGCUACAACUGUGUGAUCUAUGGUUGGGACCCCACCUGCAUGAUGGGACAUGAAUGGAUUCGAAACAUGAACGUCCACAGCCUGCCUCAUGGCCACCAUCAGCCUUUCUAUAAUGUCCUGGUGGAGGAUGGUUCUUGUAGAUAUGCAGCCCAAGAAAACUUGGAAUAUAAUGUGGAGCCUCAAGAAAUCUCGCACCCCGAUGUCGGACGCUAUUUCUCAGAGUUUACUGGCACCCACUACAUCCCGAACGCAGAGCUGGAAAUUCGAUACCCAGAGGAUCUGGAGUCUGUCUAUGAAACAGUACAGAACAUUUACAGUGCGAAGAAAGAGGAUGUGGAGUAAAGUCUGGUCGGGGACCUUGGACCUUUGCUGCUGCUGCUAUCUUCCAAGAGAACAGGUUCCGGAAGACGACGUCUCUACGGACCCCUCUGGACUCACACCACCAGGAAAGCCACUGGACCAGUAGUGCUGGCUGCCUCCUCCCAAGUUUAAACGGCGCGUGCCCUCCCCCAGCUGCAAAGACGAUGUCGCUCUCCGCGUACACUAGUGAAUUCACUUGAAAGGCACUGUGUUCAGUGGCAUGGCUUGUAUGCUUGUCCUGUGGUGACAGUUUGUGACAUUCUGUCUUCAUGAGGUCUCACUGUCGACACUCUUAUCAUUCUUUUUAUUCACUUGCCAUUGUGUCUGUCUGCAUUUGUCUCAGAGCGUUUCAUUUGCUGGACAGAUGGGGUUGUUUGCAUUAAUUUCUUCCUGAUUUCUCUGUGGAGCAUGUGUGGGCCUAAGUCAGAACUGUGUGUCAUUUUACCCUGAAUCGAGUUGCUUAUUCGAAGGUAACGCUGUAGGAGAUGUGGCAGUGUCUUGCAGAUGGAGACAUUAACAAACUAAUGGUAAUCAAAAUCAUGUGAAUUUAUUUUUUUCUAAUUUUUAAAGCAGAUUUCACAUGUUUAUCUUUUUCUUUAUUUGAAUUGGGAGAAUGACACGGUUUCCCUUCCAUAUUCCUCUCUGGAUUUAUGCUUGUAUCUUAACGAAUCAUUAGUCUUCUAUUUUAUUACAUAACAUUAUUUGAGAAAAUGCAUAAUAAUGAUUUUUGUGAGUGGAUUUUCCCACAUUCAUCUACUGUUCUCUUUAAAAUAAGUACUUUUUUAAAAUCCAGUAUCAUGAGUAGAUCUUAAAUUAGUGAUGUGUUCUCUUUAUAAGAAGUACAAUCUGAUGUUAAAAGGUUUGCCUUUAGAAACCAUACUCCAUGGUCUCCAAAGACCUAAAAAUGAGUUUCACUUUUCUAAUCAGAAAAAAGAAGAAAUAAUGAACCUUAAAAUUUUUGAAAAGAAAAGAGGAGGUUUCAUGUCCCCUGUCAUUCCUUAGAAUCACUUCAAAACCUUUUCGAAUAUGGCACGGUAGAACCAAUGAAACAUCUUUAAUUUUGAGAGUGUUGGGUCAGUGGGAGAGGAGACGUGAGUGUGACCUGCCCCGCAGUAGCCAUUGCCGUGAAACAUGAGCAGGAGGAAGCCGGUUCCUGAGCCCCCGGGGCUGACUUCCGGUUCACACUCGCUGGCUUCUCUGCCAUGUUCUUGGUAACUGGGUGUGAAGGGCCCGACUCUGUGCCGCUCUGGAACGCGCACCCUUCUAGACCUGCCACUUCUCUGGCGAGCUCAUCUUGUAGUUAACCAGUAGGAACGACCUUCUGGAGUCAGGACCUAGUUACUCUGCUCUCUCAGUCUAGAAGCAGCCCUGUGCUCUAGUGAAAGGCUUUAGGGCUGUGGCCCAGUCGCGCCUCGCCACCUGUCUUCAUUUGCAUGCAGUAUUUUCACACCAUGUUUGCUGACUGCCUCUUGUUCAGCCCUCGGAAACCCUGGGAUGACUGAGGUCUGGGGAAGCCACCUGAGACCACUUAAUGGCAAGUGACAGCUAUUAAGAAGUUAUUAGAAAGAGACGGGGAUUUGGCCAGGGGCUCCUUCCAGCCUGAAUUAGCUGUCGCCCAGGGUCCGUGUUCCUCGGCAGUCAGAGCCACAGUCGGGAGAUCUGGACUUGCCCCCUCCCGGCGCCCAGCCCACCCGAGGUGGGGCUUUACACUACUCCCGUGCGAAGGUGGAAGUUAGGUCACAUGGGGCUCGUGCUCGGGAGAUGCAUUGCUCGGAAACCGUGGAGCAUGCUGAGAGUUAUAACUGUCGGUUUUCUGGUUUGGUUUCCUUUUUCCUUAGAGUAACAUCACAGCCAAGAGAGAUGGUUGACCUUUGCUGACCCUGUGUACAUAUGUAUCUAGACUGUUUUUAAGUGUGUUUCUUCAUGAACGCUUCAUUUGGCUCCAGGAAGCCGGUGUCACCUGUAACAGAAAGUCCAGCCUGGCAACAGCGGGAUGUCCCCACUCCUCUUCUCAUCAAAAUGGGCACAAAUCUGCUACUGAAUCUUUCUUAACGUUGGUGAGUGAACAGGGACCUUGCUACUAGGAUUUCCCCCAAGCGCUCGUGUUCUAAGCUUGCUGGUAACCUUGGGAGUAUCUGGUUAUGACGCAGAGGCCACAGCUCUUUCGUUCUGUUAAAAUGCGUGCUGUGAAAUGGGAACUGUGAGUGCUGUGAGAGAAGCCCAGGGUCGCAGUGCGUCCUGACGAUGGCCUGACGGCUGCACGGGUCCUCCAGGGCGCCAGUUCUCCGUGAUGCCACCACAGACGGUGGAGAGGAGAUGUUCUGGGCUAAACUAGGCACCAGUUUCCCACACCGCGGCGCUUCUCAGAACUGUUAAUGUGCAGUUGUGCGCCGUGAUCUUCCAGGAGGAGAGCGGUGUGCCGUGUCUUCCUAACUUCUCAGGCCCUAGAACCUCCCUCCCCUGGCGCGCGCGCGCACACACACACACACACGCACACACACAGCAUCCCCGAGCGCCAGGGUUUGCAGAUGAGCUCUGGGAAAUGCUGUCUCAGUGAGACAGCACUUAUGUCCCGGACUCUACAUUAUCAUCUGACCAGUUUGGCCAAGCAUCUCAUUGGAGAACAUUCUCCAUCUAAUCGGAUUUUGAAAGGCCAGCUUUAUGUUGUCUCUGCCUGAACCUCAUAACAGAUCUCCACUAGAAGUGCAUUUACACGGCAAAAUUGUUUUAUCACGAAAACCAGCAUCAAUACUGUUGCUGAAUCAAUUUUAUGUUUUCUAAUAUCUCCUUCGAGUCUUGUUCUAAUUUUAAAAUGUCUCGGUCUUUCUUCACGUGUUAAACGGAGUCCAGCUUUCAUGUUUGAGGCUUUCCUCUGCCACACUAGGGCCCUUUGCUAUAAAGGAGAAAUAUUUCUUCUCCUUAGUCCAUAUUCCAAGUAAGUGAAAUUGGACUACCAGCAACUUUUUAAUUCAAAAGUCUUGUGGCCAUAAGAAUCAGAAUGUAGCUCUUCAUGAUUUUCAUUUGAUUUUUGGAAGGAAGGAGAGAGUGUUCACCUAGACGGAAAGCAGGAUUUGGCUACAUGACAAUUGAUUUUUGGCAGACGUUCGUAGCUGUGUUGCAUGUGUGACUUUGUAUUGUCUGCUUAACCCUGAGCCACGCACGGGCCUCACCUGUCCAUAACCCCCACAGCAGCCCCACAGGGCGGGGCCAGGCAGUGAGUAUUUUCGCAGGCCACAUAAUGUUUGUGCGGUCUCUGUCACAUAUUCUUCCACACAAAACACUCUUAGCUGGAGGGCUGGACGAAAACAGGCCGCAGGCUGGAUUUGGCCCAUGGGCCCUCUCUUGCUGAGCCCUGCUAUGGGAUCGGCCGGCCAACGGAGGAGCACACCGCCCAGAGGUGGGGACCCAGCCACGCACCAGGUGUCCGACCCCCAACCCCCAGCCCUUGACACCCGCACGACCGACCACUUCAGCAACUACCUCGCGAUGUUCUUGCCCUUUGCCUUGGCGGUGACUCUAACCUCUAACAUUUCAGUUCUGGAAAUUUAGAACCUUAGGAGAAAAGGACAUUCCUUUGGUGAAUAAAAUUAUGUGCAAUUAUAGAAUAAAUGUAUUAUGGCCAUUUAGCAAUGAUUGUAUUAGGGUAAUGCUAGUUCUGUAAUAAAUAGACCCAAAAAUA